AUACCCACAACGCAGGCACGGUGGCGGGAUGUGCCGAAGGCCAGUAGGAUAUAUUUUUUGACCGCGCAACGGCCCCACGUACACGAAGGCCUCCUGCAGUCCAAUUGGCUGCGCCCCUGAGUGGACGCCCUCAAAAUCCCAACUCACAGCCAGAGGAGAAGGAUGUAUAAGGUGAUGGCCAGGGCCACAUACCCGUGCGACAACAAAGCAAACAAAACAGGAAGAGGACAGGAAUGCGGAGCAGAGAGAGCGACGAAGCAAGGAAGGCCGAAGGGCCAGGUAGACAGGCAGCAGCUGUUUGGGGAACCUCACCCUGGACUGACUAGGCGGGGAUGUAUCAAAUAUAAUGGCACUGUGCGGGCAGCACAGCCUGAACCACUCUCGCUCGAGGAGUUGGACAGCAGAUUGGCGUCCACGCAACUGAACUUCAAAAACAAGAAGACGAUCAUGCGCCACUCGAUAGCAUUUCAAAAAGAGGAGGGGGAGGAGGGCCGCCCCCGAAAGGAGGACAGGAAAGAGAGAGAGAGAGAAAAGUGCGGGAGGAAACCGCGGCUCCGACCCCGCCAGCGGCGCGCGGCCGCAGCCCCAGAGGAAAGGGGGAAGCCAGGGCUCGCGCCGAACAACGCUGUCUCACAAGCCGCACGAAUGACGGAGGAGAGAACACCAUGGCUGGAGGCUGUAACGAAAUCGCGACAGCCCGGCGAAGCACUGCCUUAGCGGGAUACACCCCUCACUCCGGCGUGAAGCCGGGCAGAGCGAGUGAGAAGCAGACCACAGAAAGCCCUCGCCAACGCUGAGCGACAGGAACCUGGCAUCACUUCGGAGCUAUCUUCAAUAUGUUCAUGCACAUGCGCGCAAUCUUGUCCAGCGGGUUGGGCGAAUACUGGGUGCGCUUGUGGUGGCAAUAGUCCAGGAAGAUCUCCUUCCAUUCGUGAGAGUUGGUGAUCUUGCCUAUGUAGACGCCGAAGCAGAGGGAUGAGAAGCCCGCCAGAGUGACAGAAGGCCAGAGCCAAGUCUGCACGUACGGCACCAUCUUCACCUCUCCGUCUUUGCCCAUCCUCCUUAGACAAGUUUGCUGAAACGACAGCGGAGGAGCUUGCUGGAACGGCGUUGGCCCAAAAACUCGAGCCUCGUCUGAGCCAAGCAGGCUACUGAAACAGUGUGCAUUCUUCCAAUCUCGCCGCCCUGGUGGCUGUAGCCAGAACCUGCCUGAGACUGCGGGCUGGCUUCACUGCUGGGCAACUCUGCAGCUUGCCUUUCUCUGUGAACUGGGUCCCCCGCAGUCUUGAGCCAUCUCGGCGCACUCUUGGAGAGCCAGGGGAAGCGGGACAAAGCGGGACUCCAACUCGCAAUGAGAUGCGGGGCCAGGUUGUCUAUGGG